GCCCCUUAAUUUAGAUGACCCGAAAUCAUACAUUUCAGAGCCGCCAUUCACAGACUCAACUGCUGAAUUCCAUUUCCGCCCUAAUUAAAGAACAUUGCUUUAUGUUUCCUGCUGAAAGUUGUUGUCGUCAAGCAUAACCACUCAGCAAAAAACCCAGCACAUCAUUGCCUUUGUAUUGGACAUUUUACUCUAAUGAUGGUUGCCUCUUUGUCUCAUGCUUCGUACUCGGCCACCUUCACAUCCUCACCAUCAAAAACCAUUGUCUCCCGACCUUCUCGUUUCUCUCCCUCCUUCAAAGUCUCCACCUUCCUGCCUUUGACUGUCAAACCCCUGAAUUCUACUUUCACCCCACAUGCACAACGUGCGAUCACCGCUAUAGCGCAUGCCACUUCCACACCCUCCUCUAUUCCUUCUGACACCUCAACUAAAACCUUCCAUGGCCUUUGUUAUGUGGUUGGGGAUAAUAUCGACACAGACCAAAUAAUUCCUGCAGAAUACCUCACGUUGGUUCCCUCAAACCCAGCCGAGUAUGAGAAAUUGGGCUCAUAUGCCCUUAUUGGUCUCCCUUCGUCAUAUGCCACCCGUUUUAUUGAACCAAAUGAGACCAAAACAAAAUACUCCAUUGUGAUAGGUGGUGCUAACUUUGGUUGUGGGUCCUCGCGUGAGCAUGCACCGGUUGCACUUGGGGCUGCAAGGGCAAAAGCAGUUGUGGCUGAAUCUUAUGCUAGAAUAUUUUUCAGGAAUUCCGUUGCAACUGGGGAAGUUUAUCCGCUAGAAUCGGAAGUGAGAAUAUGUGAAGAGUGUAGGACUGGGGAUGUGGUGACUAUUGAGUUGGGAGAGAGUCGUUUGAUCAAUCAUACGACCGGCAAGGAGUAUAAACUGAAGCCUAUUGGAGAUGCCGGGCCGGUCAUCGAGGCUGGAGGGAUCUUUGCAUAUGCAAGGAAAACAGGGAUGAUUCCAUCUCAGUCAAAGUAAAAUGCAGGGUUUCUAUCAGAGCACUCUAUUCUCGUUUCAUGGACUUGAGUCAAGUUUGUAGCUCCUAAUCGUUUCGGCACUAUGGAUCGAUGCUCAACCAUUUUUCUCGUUUCAACUUAUUUAGAAAAACGUUACAAGGUUAUGUUUGUAUCUGUUCUAAGCUGAACAUCUAGCAGUCUUUCACCAUGAAUGAUUUCCCUUUUUGAGGACUACAUGUUGUAGGAAAUAAUUUAAUGGUUGAGAUUGAAUAAUACAACAGCAUACCUGUCCUAGGAAAUAAUGUAAUGCCAUUGUUUCCUAAAGAAAGUAUUGCAAACUCGAA